GGGAAGCGGCCGGUGGGCGGGCUGCGCAGGCGCAGUGGGAGCGGCCGAGUCGGCUGAGCGCCAGGGAGGGGCCCGCCUGGCUGCCACGAUGCCCGUGCUGGACCUUGCCCAGCUCGCCGUGCGCAGAAUGCGGGAGGAGGAGGCACCCAUCGUCCUGGAGCUGCUGAAGGAUGGCUUUAAAGACACAGAGAACCGGCUGAUCCUGUAUGUCCUGACACGACCCCUGGUGCUGCUGCUCAUGGCUGUAGUGAGCAGCGCCCUCCGCUUCCUGCUCAACUCUUUUGUGGCUGCUCUGUUGGUGCCUGUGUUGCUCACCAUUGUGGCCCUCAAGCUGCUCCUGUGGCGGUCCGCUGACCUCCACUGCCUGCAUACCUACUACUGUGGGGGCCAGCGGGGCCUCUGGGUGGCGGUGUACGAUGGCGAUGAUGUGUGUGGAUGCGUGGCACUGGAGCCCUGGGACCAAGGCCCACCUCGCGCAGCAGAACUAAAGCGCCUGGCUGUCAGCCGCUGGUACCGGCGAUCUGGAGUGGGCCGGCACCUGCUGGCCUUCCUGGAGGCACAGGCCCGAGAACAAGGCUAUGAGCGUGUCGUGCUCUAUACCUCAGUAGUCGCCAAGGCUGCCAUGAACCUCUUUGAGAGCUGUGGCUACCAGGCAACUGGCGGGCGAAGCUGGCUGGGCUACACCGUUGUGCAGGAGUUCAGCAAGGAGCUGUAGCAUCUGCCCCUACCCGGCGCCCUCCUGACGGUGGGGUAAGAGGGGCCAGCUGGGGCUUCUCCAUCCUCCACUGCACCUCGGAGAACUUGUACAAGGGGAUUCAGGGAGCAUCUGUGAACAGUCCAAGGCCUCCACACUCAGAGGACAGGGGGCACCACCUUUGAAUGUGUGUGCAUACAAGGGCCUUUCUGAGUGUGCUUCCAUGGGAGUUGGAUGUCAUCAGGUGGAUCCUGCUAUGAGGGCCCAGGCAAUGUGUAAUAUGCUGGGGCUGAUGCUGAGGCAUGGAGCAAACACUAGGAAAUGCUUGUUGGGAGACAGUAACCUCCUGCCAGCAAAGUCAUGGCUCAUGGCAUGCCUAGAGAGAAUGGAAGAAGCCUGUGAAGCAUGGACUGGGAAGGACUGUUUCUUGUGAUGUGGGCCUGGGGGCACCCCUCCUUCCCUAGGGGCUAUCCCAUCCCAGAACAGCCUUCUACCAUGCAUAGGCUUGGCUGGGACUAGGAAAUGUGAAUGAGGGGGUGGGCAAGGAAAUGGUGCCCAAGAGUCUAAUGCCCAUCCCCAUCGUAGCUGUGACUGAAGGUUGCUUUUGGAGACAAGGAGGCUGCACAUAGGCUCCAGUAACUGCAGUGGCAUCUGGCUUGGUUCUCAGAGCUGCUGAGCAUUUCUGUCACCCCUAGCAUUAGGCCUGUGUGUGUAUUUGAACGUACGUGUGAAUAAAGCGUGUUGUAGUGA